AUGGCUAAUAGAGGAUUGUUUAAUAGUGGCGAUGGUUGGGUGUUCGUGUUAUCAUCUAGUGAUGAUGAAUAUGUAAAUGGAGAGGAAAAUAAUGGAGGUACUGAGAAUUUUGGUGAACAGAGAAAUGGUGUUGAGGGUGGGAAUGAUGAUGAUAUGGAAAUGAAAACGAGUGUGGUUGAUGAAGGUCUUGCUAGUAGGAAAAGGAAACAGGAAUGCUGCUCGGGCAUGCUGGAUUGGAUCAUUAAGGUUGCUAAGAAUCCUUGUGACCCUACAAUUGGGUCUUUGCCUGAAGUGGAUAAGUGGAAGUCCUACGGAUGCGAUCUGCUUUGGAAGCAGGUUCUCUUGGUUCGCGAUACAAUGCUUAUAAGAAGAAAUGCCAAUUCGAGCUCUCUACAAACAAAUUUGCAGAAAAAGCAAAAGAUGCAUCCAAGCUUGUAUGAUGAUCGAAAAGUUUCUGAAACGUUAAGAUGCAGCGAGAGGCUUCUAUCUGCAAAGAAUUCUCAUAACAAAUCACAUGAUCGAAUUGGUGUGGAAUCAUUGUCCUCAGUUUCUCAUAGUGAUGAGGAUUGUGCUGAUGAACAGUCUAAUUCAAAGGCAGACUCUGUUGGUUUUGCUGGAAACUUUCAUCGCAAGAAGAAAAUUCCUCUAGGUCCACUUUUUCAAGCAGAUGUACCAGAAUUCUGUGGAGAGGCUUAUGAAAUUGAUUAUAAAUGGUUGGGUACCCGAAUUUGGCCUCUGGAAAAACAAGAACAAAACAAAAAUUUGAUUGAAAGGGAUCCUAUUGGAAGAGGAAGACAAGAAUCAUGUGGCUGCCAGUUCCCAAGAUCUCUUGAAUGUGUCAAGUUCCAUGUUGCUGAAAAAAGGAGGAAGGUGAAGCUUGAGUUGAGCUCCGCUUUUUAUAAAUGGAAAUUUAAUUGGAUGGGUGAGGAAGUUGCACUCUCUUGGAUAAAAGAAGACGAAAACAAAUUUCAGGAUAUAGUGAAGUCGAACUGUUUAUCUUCAGAAAAGUAUUUUUGGGAUGAGCUUUUCAAGUUUUUUCCUAGAAAAGACAGAGAAGCGCUGGUGAACUACUACUACAAUGUUUUUCUUCUCCGGCGUCGAGGUUACCAAAAUAGGAAAGAUGCAAAUAACAUUGACAGUGACGAUGAGGAAUCAGAAUUCGGACCAGUGGGUAAUAGAUUUGGACGAAAGGCUGCUAAUUCUCCAGGGUCCAUUUUUUGUACCCCAAAAAAAUCUCGCUAG